UAGUUUCCUGGUGUGUCAGUAGAGCUGCUGUCUGUCUGUCAGUGAAGACGCUGUGUGAGACUCGAUCUGACACUCUUCUGCUGGGAUUGAGCUCUUCUCUUCUGGAGCCUGGACUUUAGAGAAAUGAUGCUGAUCUUUAGACUGAUGCUGCUGCUGCAAACUGCUGCAUGUCUGGAUAAUGUCUGCUGGUUUGGUCAAUCUGAUCCCUGUUACGCAGCUCUUGGAGAGAAACUCAAUCUGCCGAUGGUGCAAAACACUAGAAAAUAUUACCUGAAAAUAAUAAAGAGGAUAAACGACAACACACAAGAUGAUCGAGUUUGUAGAGUAAAGAAUGGCAGGAUGAGGAUGAGUGAAUGUGAUCUUUAUAAAAACAGACCUGAAGUGACAGUCAUUAAUGGGUUUUUGAUAAUAAAGCGUGUGAUCAGAGCAGAUUCUGGGGAUUACAGAUUAACACUUACUGACUCAGACGGCACAGAAACAUCUAGAGAUCUUCAAGUGAUUGUUGAAGCUCCUAUUGGCUCAGUGAAUGUGUCAAUCAUCUGCUCCUCCAGUGGGGUGAUGAGGGUGUCCUGCUCCUCUGAGGGGGAUCAGCUCCUCUACAACUGGACUCUGAAUGGAGGUCCACUGAUGGAUGGAAACAGCAGCAUUGAUCUGGAUGAGAGAACUGAUGGAGACAUCAGCUGCAGCGUGAAGAACCACGUCAGUCACACACAGAAGACCAUUAGACUAGUCUGUCCUACUGUGUGUUCAGUGUCUGUGGUGUUUGUUCUGGUCUGGUGUCUUCAGCUGAUGCUUCUGUUCGGUCUGUUAGGAGCUUUUCACAUCUACAUGAGACACACAUCAGGAAAGAAAGAGGAAGAUGAGAAAGUGAGAAUGAGAAGAUUUAGAGAGAGACAUGAACACACAGCAGAAGAUUCAUGAGAGCAGCAGCAGAUCUUCACAUCUGUGAGAAAUGACUUCAGAAUCAGUCCAGCUUUCACCUGCUGAAUAAAACCAGGAGGCAGAAGAAGCUUUCAUGAUAGACAAUGGUCUUUACAUGUGUUGUGUUUAUUUCUUGUAGAGUAUGUUGAUGUAUUUCUAGACUUUCUGGACAUUAUUUAUGUCUAAACAUCUACUCAUGAAAUCACUAAUUAAACUCAUUUAGAUGCAGAAUUACAGACCUGUGAUGAAUUAAUUAAACCAAAUUGACUACAGUGUUCGUUAUGAAGGGUUUUUUUUUUUUGUACAUUUGUUUUGUACAGAUUUUG